AUGGAUUCUGCAUCACCUUUGUUAAAUUUACCGAAUGGUUGCUGGGACUGUAUCUGCAAACUCCUCACCGACACCAACAACGAAGGCUUCGAAGACUACAACCAUGUCUUGAAAUCUCUCUCGGUCAUCUCAAAAAAGUUUCUCUCCAUCACCAGCAGUCUCCGGUUCUCUCUCACUAUCUCGAAAAAUGCCUCACUCUCUUUCUUUUGUCGCGAUUUUCAAAGGUUUACUAAUCUCACCUCCCUCGACUUCACUUUGUACAAUGGUUGCCUCAACACUGUCCUCUGCCAUCUCUCUCGUUUUUCGUUGAACCUCACAUCACUCAAUCUCUCUAACAAACCCACCAUUCCUGCAAAUGGAUUGCGAGUUCUCUCCCGAAAUAUUACAACUUUGACCUCACUCACAUGUUCCAACAUUGAAUCUAUCAAUAGCACUGACAUCUUCCUCAUCGCCGAUUGUUUUCCUUUCCUAGAAGAACUCGAUCUCAGUAACCCUAAAGAGUUCAACAAUCUCAGUAUCUUCUUUGAUGGAGUUGAGGCUCUUUCAUUGGCACUUUUCAAACUUCGCAAGGUUAAUCUAUCUAAUCAUAACUAUAUCAACGACAAAUUGCUUUUUCACUUGUUAAAGAAUUGUAAGCAUCUCGAAGAGGUUAUCAUGUUUAAGUGUUCUCAGUUAACCAAAGCAGGCAUUGCUUCUGCCCUAUGGGAGAGACCAACGUUGAGGUCUUUAUCCUUUACCGAUUAUUUCGAUCAAGACUGUGCAAAGUUGUAUGCAUUCAUUAGGAAUUUCCCUUCACUUAGUGAGAUCAAAGUGGAAUUCAAAUGUAUGAGCGUAGAGAGUUUAGAGAAUGCUAGCUGUUUGGUUGAUUUUGGUGUAAGACCUCAACUGAAGUCUCUCAGUUUGAUUUACAAUUGUUGGUUAAGUAAUGAAAACCUCGAAAUGUUAUCUUCCUUAUUCCCCAAUUUGCAGUUGCUUGAUUUGAGUCAUUGCUAUGACAUAUCUGAAGAAGGUAUUUGUCAAGUUUUGAAGAGAUGUUGUGAGAUUAGGGAUUUGAACUUAGCCUACUGUCCAAGAGUUGGGCUCUCCGGAAUGAACUUUGAAAUUUCCAAACUGGAGGUGUUGAACUUGUCACAUACAAGAGUUGAUGAUAAAACACUUUAUGCAAUUUCAAAGAGUUGUUGUGGGCUUUUGCAGUUGUUACUGGAAAAUUGUCGUAACGUCACAGGGAAGGGAGUGAUGGAUGUGGUAAAAAACUGCACGCAACUGACAGAAGUCAAUCUGAGGCGCUGCUAUAAUGUGCAUCCUGAUGUUGUUGACUCGAUGAUAUUUUCAAGGCCAUCGCUGAGAAAGAUAAUUGUCCCACCUUGGUAUAACAAAAAGAGGAACCUCGUCUUGCCAUCUACUCUGGAACUGCUAUGA